CGACAUAACUUGCGUUCGUUACGUGUAGAAAUUAAUCAAAAAGUCUGUGAAAAUUGUGCAAAUCAUUAUAGGAAAAAUAGUAAAAAGAGAGCAAACUCAAUUUGACUGGCAAUGAAGUUCCGUGCCCAGAUACAGGAUGCUCUUUAUAUGCGUGAAUUCCAAGGCAUAAUUGCCACGCUGUCCAAACUGGCAAAGGACUGCGUAAUGAUACUGGGACGGGAGCGCUUACAUUUUAUAGUAAACGAAGAGCAUAGCUCAACAUCUGCGCCGCUUGUCUGGAUUACGAUAGCGGCCAGAGAUUACUUUCCGGAAUACAAAAUGACGCCGGCACGCGAUGAUCAGGAGUUCAUAGUAUUGGCCAUGUCCGCAUCGCAUUUAAAUCGUGCAUUUGCUGCGCUUCGUUCUGGUGGCAGUAGUACCGUACUGAGCUGUAAAAUGAAACUUCAAAUGAUUCAAUUUCCUUGCCUUUCGGUCAUCGCUACUGUAACAUCGCCUAGCUCUGCCGAGCCGCGUGAAGUGGUGCACGAUGUACCUGUUGCCAUAAUACCUGCCAGCGAUUGGUCCGCCUAUAUGUUGCCCAAAGUGCCCUCAGCUCAAUUUGUGCUCUGCCUGUCUUCGAUGCGACUGCUGCGUAGUUUGAUUGACAAGCUGAAGAAUAUAUCACCGAAUCUCGUAUUUCAUGGCAGCGCCGCAGGCGAGCUUAAUUUAGUUGCCGAAUCUGACAUGGCAACAAUUACCACACGCUUUAAGCGUCUGCUUCAAAGUAUGGCUGCCACUGAGACACCGUCCACUGUGACGGAGAGCUCCUGCUCUGUGGACUCACGUAAAACGAGCGCUUUCUUUAAUGCGCUCCAACUUCCAAACGAGGAGCUGAAUAUUGGCAUAGAUAACGAACACUGCAUACAUUUGCAGCUGGAUAUACGUGAAAAUGUCAUACUACAUUCCAUUUUACCAGCUGUAUGCAUUUAAAUAAAAUUAUAUUAAAUAAAU